AUGUACGAGGUCGGCUCCGCCCAAGCGAGGACGGGGCCAAACACUACUCCCGUUGACAUCCUCCUCCCUCCUCCUCCCUCUCCUCCUCCCUCUCCUCCUCCCUAUCCUCCUCCCUCUCCUCCUCCCUCUCCUCCUCCUCUCCUCCUCCCUCUCCUCCUCCCUCUCCUCCUCCCUCUCCUCCUCCCUCUCCCUCUUCCUCUCCUCUCCCUCUCCCUCUCCCUCUCCCUCUCCCUCUCCUUCUCCCUCUCCCUCUCCCUCUCCCUCUCCCUCUCCCUCUCCCUCUCCCUCUCCCUCUCCCUCUCCCUCUCCCUCUCCCUCUCCCUCUCCCUCUCCCUCUCCCUCUCCCUCUCCCUCUCCCUCUCCUUCUCCCUCUCCUGCUUCCUCUCCUCCCCCUCUCCUCCUCCCUCUCCUCCUCCCUCUCCUGCUCCCUCUCCUUCUCCCUCUCCUUCUCCCUCUCCUUCUCCCUCUCCUUCUCCCUCUCCUUCUCCCUCUCCUUCUCCCUCUCCUUCUCCCUCUCCCUCCCCUACUCUCCCCCUCUCCUCUCCCUCUUCCUCUCCCUCUUCCUCUCCCUCUUCCUCUCCCUCUUCCUCUCCUCUCUUCCUCUUCUUCUUCUUCUUCUUCUUCUUCUUCUUCUUCUUCUUCUUCUUCUUCUUCUUCUUCUUCUUCUUCUUCUUCUUCUUCUUCUUCUUCUUCUUCUUCUUCUUCUUCUUCUUCUUCUUCUUCUUCUUCUUCUUCUUCUUCUUCUUCUUCUACUCUCAUUUGCUACAAAAGCUGCUAUAA